CUCUUUACCGGGUCUUUGCAGACGAUCCUGGUCGGAGACAGUGGCGUGGGGAAGACGUCUCUGCUGGUCCAGUUUGACCAGGGCAAGUUCAUUCCUGGCUCCUUCUCCGCUACCGUGGGCAUUGGGUUUACGGUGAUGUUACUUGGAGACUCGGGCGUGGGGAAAACCUGUUUCCUGCUCCAGUUCAAAGACGGGGCCUUUCUCUCCGGGACGUUCAUAGCCACCGUGGGCAUAGAUUUCCGGAACAAAGUGGUGGCUGUGGACGGUGUGAAGGUGAAGUUGCAGAUCUGGGACACAGCAGGACAAGAGCGUUUCCGCAGCGUCACUCAUGCCUACUACAGGGAUGCCCAAGCCCUGCUCUUGCUCUAUGAUAUCACCAGCAAGAUGUCCUUUGACAACAUCCGCGCCUGGCUGACAGAGAUCCACGAGUACGCCCAGAAGGACGUGGUCAUCAUGCUGCUGGGUAAUAAGGCCGACGUGAGCAGUGAGAGGGCUGUGAGGACGGAGGAUGGAGCAUCGCUGGCCAGGGAGUACGGGGUGCCUUUCAUGGAGACGAGCGCCAAGACGGGCAUGAACGUGGAGCUGGCUUUCCUGGCCAUUGCCAAGGAGCUGAAGCAGCGUGCGGUGCAGCCGCCAGACGAGCCACGCUUCCAGAUCCAUGACUACAUCGAGUCACAGAAGAAGAAAUCCAGCUGCUGUGCCUUCGCCUGAGAGCGGUGGGGAGGAGCCAGCAGCUCCGGGGGUGCAGGCAGGCGGGAGGCAGAGCAGGGGCCCAAUCCUGCUCUCGAGCACUGAGGGACCCAGGCUCUGACAAGCCAAGCAUGGACAGGACAAUGCAUAAGAAGAGCCAUCGCCCUGGGGCCGGAUCCUGCCGCCAGGCGGGGC